AUGAAUGAAUCAACAGUAACAAUGGAACAUUCAGAUUCAAAAUUCUUCUCACAACGAGCGAAACAUAUUUCGUUAUUAAAUGAACAAACUUCAACGAUAUUUGUUCCACCACAAUCAUCACCGAAAGAAGUACGUUUUCAAUUUUCUAAUCGAGCUUAUAUACCAAUAACAGAAACUCAAUUAAAUCCAGUGGAACAAGAUCAUGAGAAUACAAUAUCCAUUGAUUAUCAUAAAAGUAUGAAUACAGAUCGAGGCCGAACAACUAUUCCAUUAUCAUCAUUUAUAUUACAAAAAGAUAGCCUAUUACCCACAUCCACACCCACUACUAAUACUAUUACAACACCGAUUUUUGUUAUGCAUGAUGAAGUACAAUUUGUUCGACCCUAUUUUGGACCACCUUGUAAUAAUAAUAUACAAACAUCAUCAUUAACAUCACUCAAACGACAAGUACUUCUUUCAGCAUUAAAAGAAAUUGAAUCAGGUUUAAAAGCAUUAUAA